CAAAUGACAAAUGUGACAUCUCCAUACACUGCUUUGCUUAUAGACCAAUUCAUUUAGUUAUUUGUUAUUUAAUUUUCCUUAUAAGAUACCAGCAAACUGUAACUAUCGUCUUGAGUGAAUCUUCAAUCUGGUGUUGAGUUAUUGCUUUCGAGUCGAGAAAAACUCAUCCAUCAGAGCGAAACAUUGAGAAAAAAAAACAACUCCUUUUAUAUACAAAUUGGUCUAUACCACCCAGGCGCAAAAAUGUCAUCGCUUUGUAACAAUAAUAUUCCAUCACACAAAAUCUUGGCUUAAAUAAUGAACUAAUCUUGAAAUAGGUUUCAGAUAUUUUUUGCAACUCAAAACAAGCAGUAUGUUGCGCGAGACAAGUGUUGUGUGUUUAUUAGUUUUUCUUGUGAUUGUUAAUUGUGAUUUUGUAUUAAGUAGCCCCUAUGACUUGAAUCUAACAGAAAAUAGUUCUAGUGAAAGAAAUUCUCGAAAAAUCCAUCAUCGACAUCGUCAUAGAAAACCAACAACAAUCAUUAUGCCUACGGAAGCUCCUUUAGAGGGUGAAAAUAUGGAAUCAAGGAUACCGAAACUGUUUUCAUUUCAUGCCUUGGAUGAGGAUUUGACAAUUGAUUUGGAAUUCGCGGUACCGUUUAUUCAUGUUCCAGUAAAAAAGAGUAUGCAGAAAACUGGUCAAGCUGUUAAAAGCUUAGUGAAUUUAAAUACACCUGCAAUUGUGUUAGCAGGAUUGCUACUUGGUGGAAGUGCAGUGUUUGGAUUGUUAUUUCAUUCACUAGUUGGAAAAACAACAACCGAUGGGAUAAGAAGACAUUCUAGGAUAACUGACGUUAGCAGCAUGCUGGAUCCUUUCAAAUUAAUACAAAGAAGUUCUGAUGGAAAGAAAAUUGAAACAGCCUUUGGUAGCAUCAUGCAAACAGUGGAAGAAAAUUUUAACAAAAAUAACAUUGACAUAACAGCUUGCAUACAAAAAUCAAUUUGUGCGUAUGUUAAAAAAUCAGCAGAGCAUGUUCGCAACGGUCGUGCAACAGGAACAAAUAAGAUAAUUGAUGGUUUGGUUAGUUCUGAAUGGCUUUUGCAAUAUUUGGAAGGUACUGCAGUUAAAGAUGCUAUAGAUUCAGGAACUGGAAAUACAAAUUGUGGUUACAAAUAUCCAACUUGUCAAUGGUCGAAUCCGGAGACAGAUCUAAUGAGUUUUAUGUUUGGAUUUGUAAAAAAUAUACCAGCUGUUAAAGACAUUUGGUCUUAAAUUGUAAAUUAAAAUAGUAUUUAAGUGCUAAGCUUUUAGUGAUAUUAUGACUUGUAUUUAUUUUUGUAUACCAAUUUUGU